CCCUUGAAUCUCCAUUGUUGGCGGUGAAAGAUGUCCCACCUCGUGUAGUCCUUGCCCAUGCGCAAAUGGAUAAAUAUCGUGCUACUAUUUCAGCCCAUCUCAGUUAUGCUCUGAGAGGGUAUGUGGCAUAAAGAGGGGCAGUAUUAUUGCGAGAAUUUCGCUUAAUCUGAUUGAGAAAUGUCUGCAUGUUAGUAUCGGUCUUUGCUGCGCUUUUUUUCGGAUCAACCCUUAAGCACUUCGAUCAUGGAUGCAAUUCUGUGAACUACUGAAGUAACCUCUGAAAUGACCGUUCACUGACAAGCUGUUAAAAUAACUUCUCCAAGAUGAAUACUAUCGGAGUUUCGUUUUUGAACCCUUUGGAUGACUACGAGAUAAUUCACAGAGUCGGAAGCGGCACGUAUGGUGAUGUUUUUAAGGCAAGAAAUAUCCAGACUUCAGAGAUGGCUGCUAUUAAAAUUGUUAAACUGGAUCCUGGAGAUGACAUCACUUCCCUCCAGCAGGAGAUCACCACUAUGAAGGAGUGCAAGCACAAGAACAUUGUGGCCUAUUAUGGCAGCUACCACAGAAGCACGAAGCUCUGGAUCUGUAUGGAGUACUGUGGAGGAGGUUCACUACAGGACAUCUACCAUGUGACGGGGCCUCUAAAGGAAAAACAGAUUGCCUAUAUCUGCAGGGAAACUCUGCAGGGUUUAUAUCAUCUCCACAACACUGGCAAAAUCCACAGAGAUAUUAAGGGGGCCAACAUCCUUCUCACUGAACGGGGAGAUGUGAAACUGGCUGAUUUUGGAGUGGUGGCAGAAAUCAGUGCCUCCGUUGCCAAGAGGAAGUCCUUUAUUGGCACUCCCUACUGGAUGGCCCCCGAGGUGGCAGCUGUGGAGAAGAAGGGAGGCUAUAACCACCUGUGUGACAUUUGGGCUGUGGGCAUCACCGCCAUCGAGCUGGCAGAGCUCCAGCCGCCCAUGUUCGACCUGCAUCCCAUGAAGGCUCUGAUGCUGAUGUCCAAGAGCAGUUUUCAGCCCCCUAAACUGAAAGAUAAGACAAAAUGGUCAGCCAGCUUUCAUAGCUUUGUGAAAAUGUGUUUGACUAAGAGUCCACGAAAGAGGCCCACAGCAGAAACUCUUCUACAGCAUCCUUUUGUCACACAGUUACUGACCAGAAAUCUUGUCAUUGAGCUUCUGGACAUGGCCAACAACCCAGAUCUCCAUCAAGCACCUAGCAUUGAGGACAGUGACCAGGAUGCCCUUGAUGUCACCCCAGAUAAGAUUCGGUCAAAGGGAAAGUGUUCUACUGUGGAGAGAAGUCUGUCUGAGGAACAGUUUGACCAGGUAAUGUUUGCCCCCUUGCGGAGGAAAGAGACAGACCCCUAUCCAGAUCUGUACAUUUCCUGUGACGACUGGAGUAUUUCAGGGGAGGAAGCCGAGUCUCCGAGUCUUUUGGAGUGUGUGGAAGUCGAGCUGCAGCAGAGGAGCUUGACAGUAGAAAGACUGUCGUCCUUUGAGAGGGACAGGAGGAAGAGUGGAAUGUUCGGUGCCCCACCAGCAUCCUCCACGGCGUCACUUCCUCUCGUGGCUUUCAGCGGGACUCAGAAAGACGGAGAGCUGACCUUGAGACCCAGUGCCACACUGCAGCCAGAUGCCACACUGCGACCCAGCUCAGUGCUGUUAAGGUGCUCAGCCAGUCAGGAUGUGCGGCACUGGUGCUGUGACCCAUGUGUACCUGAAGGGGGCGACAGACAAGAGGCAUAUACUCCCAUUAUCAAGACUGCUAACAAGGACAAAGCCCUCUCUCCAGAGUGGAGCACCAUGAGGAGAAAAACAGAGGAAUCGAGAGCUGAUUGUCAUGGACUUCCUCCCACCCCACAAGUCCAUAUGGGGGCCUGUUUCUCCAAAGUCUUCAAUGGCUGCCCACUCAAAGUACACUGCGCUGUGACAUGGGUAUUUCCAAAGAGCAGAGAUCAGUACCUGAUUCUUGGGUCAGAGGAGGGAGUCUACACCCUCAAUUUGAAUGAGCUCCAUGAGGAUACACUGGAAAAGUUGCUUCCACAGAGAUGUAACUGGCUGUACGUCAUGAACAAUGUCCUAAUGUCUGUCUCUGGUAAGUCAUCUCAGCUUUACUCCCAUAAUCUGACAGCUCUGUUUGAGCAACGUGAGCACUGCCAGAGAAAACCAGGCCACCUUUCCUUGAGUUCCAGCCGCUUGACCGAAAAGAUCAUCCACAGGAGGUUUGCCAUGUCGCUGAAGAUCCCAGACAUUAAAGGAUGUCGGAAGUGCAGUGUUGUUCGCAAUCCAUACACUGACAGCACGUUCCUGUGUGCGGCCGUGCCGUCUGGAUUGGUCCUGCUCCUGUGGUACGAACCCCUGCAGAAAUUCAUGCAUCUUAAGCACAUAGCUGUGUGCCUGCCUGAACCCCUGGUCAUCUUUGAGCUCCUAGUUUUAGUCACAGACGAGCUUCCUCAGUUAUGUGUAGGGGUGAGGGAAUGCAUGCCGAAAACUGAUCAACCUCGGACGGAGCGACAUCUGAAGUUUGACAUCAUUCAGCUGGAUGGCUCUGCCAAUUCCAUCCUAGACAAUACAUGUUUAAGGGCAGUGCAGGUAACACAGCUGGACAGAGAUACAGUUCUCAUUGCGCUAGAAAAGACAGUGAAGAUCGUUGAUCUGCAGGGUGUACCUAGCAAGGACUUAGCUGCAGAACUUGACUUUGACUUCCCUAUUGAGACUUUAGUUUGUUUAGAGGACAGUGUUCUAGCUUUCUGGAAACAUGGUCUUAAAGGAUGUAGCCUGGAUAAGUGUGAGGUAACACAAGAAAUAACAGAUGAAACUCGAGUUUUUCGAGUUUUAGGCAAAAACAGAGACAUUAUUCUGCAGAGCAUCCCAACAGACAACCCUUCAGCUACUAGCAAUUUAUACAUUCUAACUGGACACGAGAGCAGCUACUGACACACGAGAGAGACAGACAAACAGUCUGAAGGAUUCUGAGAAAGAUGACAGUACAAACACCAACUGUCCCUCUUUCAAACAAAGAAAACAUAUAGUUCAGCAACUUCUGAGGACAUGACAUCUGUUAGGAAGUGAUGAAUAAUAUGGCCCUACUUCCAUCUGACCUGUGACUCUAAAUUAAAUCCUGUGAGAGCAAUGGACAUGACACAAAUGGAUUUUCUGGUACACGUUAAAAGGGUAUUGACCCACUUCUGUUUGCAAAUAUUGGCUAUAU